CGAGGUGGCUGGUGUCAAGGAACUGGAGCAGGAUGAAGGCUGGGCAACGUGAUUGGGAAAUCAGCCAUGCCUGGGAAACCAUCACCUCGGCAUUCUGGUGCAAGUAUCCCAAUCCAUUCUCUACCCACGUUCUGACUGAAGAUGUCAUUGACCGGUCGGUGGAUGAACAAGGUCGACUCCACACCAAGCGAUUGCUGUCCAAAACCAAUCGCAAGCCCGCCUGGAUGGAAUGGGCUCUCAAGGGACUCGAAUGGACCUUGCAAAACCGAUCAGAACUCCUCCCCGCCGCUACGACCGGCGGUGUGAGGGGGCCAUCUGGUUCAGAACACACAAACAUUGGUGCCUUUGGAUCAUCUCCCAUGCCCCAACUGCUCUCCCCGCCACCCCCCAGCUCGCUCAACACAGCCGCCGGCCUGGUGGAUGACAUGGGUGCCCAGCUGCGAACAGCCGUACAAGCUACCCCCGUCGGCUUGACCCUGCUCACCGCCCUGGACGACCUCUGGCUCGACGUCCGCUCCCACUUUGGCAACGUCAUUAGCUUUAUCAAGGAUGAUUAA